AGAUAAAGAAUCAGUAUUACAAAUCAUUAAAGAUAACGUUGAAGAAGGAUCAAUUAUUUACACAGACCAAUGGAAAGCGUAUGAUGAAAUUACGCCAAUCUUGGGGAACCAGCAUGGGAAUGUUAACCAUUCAAAACAUUUUAAAGAUCCUGAAACAGAAAUACAUACCAAUACCAUAGAAGGAAACUGGAAUGGAUUAAAGAUAUUAAUACCUGCCAGAAAUAGAAAUGAAGAAAGAAUUGAACCAUUCCCAAAAUCGACUGUCAGAAAAACCCCAAAACCAAUGGACCAAAUACCAAAAGAUUUAAUAUCAAUAUGGAAACACCCAACCAAAAACGAUUUACAAGUACAGGACGAAAUGAAUCAAAUAUACCUAACAAGAGAUACCAAUUUAUUAAGUCAAAUCCUUGGAGUACAAUUGGAACCGGCAAGAACAUAUCCGGAUCUUAUAAAUCAAUAUAUCAAAGAACACCGAACUACCAGCAAUUUCGAAAUAACCUUGAAAGGAAGUCCAGAACCAAGUAACAGUGAACCGAAUGAUGAACAAACAAUUACAACAAACCUUCAAAAUAGUGGAACAGAGCAAACACUAUCUACAAGCAAUCCAGAAGGAACAAAUCUUUCGAGAUGUAGAAUCUGUGAUGGGAAGCAGGCGUUCACGAUUACAAAGAAUGCCCAGACAUUAUUUGUGGAAAAUGUAGAGGACCACAUCACCGCAGUAUAUGUGAUCAAUUCAUCUAAUACUGUCCAAAAAGAAUAUUAUGGGAUAACAACUGAAACCAAACCUGUGGAUGCAAUAAAAAAGAAAUAUAGAAAUGAAUUGCGACCAAAGUUAGAACCAGUAAAAAUAAAUAACAAAACCACACUAUUAUACUGCGAAACAUGUCGAAUUGAAGUGUACCAACAAAUAUCAGACGAUAAUGCAUCAGAUAAAGAAAUCAUUCGAGAACAACUAAUAGACUCUGGAAGUCUUAUUACAUAUACAAGUUGUGGAACUGAAAAACUUAAACAACAAAUGGAAAACUGGGGAGGAUUAUUCUUCUGUAAGACAGAAGAAAGAUUAGCACACACCAUAGCAUUAGAAUUAAUAAACCCAAAUUAUACCUUUGAAGGAAGGCUUCGACACUGGACAGAAUCAACAAGAAAAAGAACAUCAUACAGUGAAGUAAACCUUACACUAACCAGAGAAAUAUUUGAAGAAAUACGAAUGGGAAGAAUAAACUUGCAAACGGUAAAUAGAGAAAUACAACCAAACGAUAUAUUCUUAACACCAAAUGGGAUAAUGCCACAACAAUUCAUAAAUGAAGAAAUAAUGGAUGAAACUGAUGAACAGCUAUUCGGACAAUUAAUUUUUAAUGAAACUAAACUCCAGAGGGCAAUAGACAGCAGCUUUGGAGAAGCUAAUCCAAGGGAUAAAACCUUUCACGAAUAUAAUAGAAAAUUCUUUGAACAAAUGAAAGAGACUAACGUCCUAUGUAAAUCAUGCCUAAUGACAAUAGUAAUCAAACAAGAAGAACCAUGGGAAUAUACUAUUGUACAAACAGAAGAAACUAAAAACCACCAAUAUACAAAAGAAGAAUAUUGUAACCAAUGUCAUAGUAAUUACUAUCAUAAUCACUGUUAUAAUGAAGAAUUUAAAGGACAACAAUAUUGCCUACAUUGUGACACAGAAAAUGCAUUACGAACCAAUAAUGAAAAGGAAAGACAAAUGUGCAAAAAUUGCUUUCAAAUGAAUCAACCAUCUAACAAAGGAAAACAACAUGUGGAAACACCAGAACCAAUAGAAUUUCUUGAAAGAAACAAUUUCGCUUCAGAACAAGAUUGGAUCCAGGGAGGAUUCCAACACUUCGCUAUAGGGAUACACAAUCUAACGAUAACCCUUGAACAAAUACUUAACAAUCAACAUAUGCAAGAAAGAAGAAUUCAAAGAUUAGAACAAUACUUGGAAAGACAAGACUUGCGAAAUUACUCCCUAAUGAAUCAAGUAACCAAAAGCUUUGAAAUAUUAGGAGACGAAAUAUCAGAAAUAGCAGAAAAAAUAAAUGAACAACUAGCAGAAGAAACACACUAUUAUACUAAUGAAGCUUACCAACAAGAAGCAAACCAAUAUAGAAGAGAAAUCCUAAACAGAUCAUUCCUAAUAGGACUUUACAAAAGAAAUCGAAGCAAUAAUGACAAUGCAACAGACUUAGAAGAAUUACCCACGGAGGAAGAAUUACUCCAGACAGAAACAGCACAAUGGUUACAAGUACCACGAGAAAGAAAAACACGAUCACCAACGAUAAAACCAAUUAAUGAGGUACAAGAAAUUUCUAAAAAUGAAUUUAUUAAAAUUAUUGGAGAACAAGGAAAAUCUAUAUCAGUGCCACCAUCUUCAAAUAAUAUUACUAUCAAUAUUACGCAUGACUUUGAUAUAUCAAAAGUGGAAGAAAUUAACAAAAAUUGUGACUAUUGUAUUCAACGAGGGAAAGAUUGUAUUAAAGAGAACAUUCUACAAAAGAAGAGUAAUAAUUGUAAAGAAGAUAAUAAACCUUGCAAUUACUCCAUAAAAAGAAUAACAGCUUAUCUAGAAGAAGAAAUAGAGCAACAAACUAAAUCAAUAGUACAACUAUUUGAAGAAUACCAAAACGAAACAUUCUUUCCAGAAGAAACAAAUUUAAACAAACUAUUUGACCAAUUCACUACACUUUCAACAGAAGAUAAUAAUCCCUGGAAACCAGAAAUAUCUAUUGAACCAAUAACAUCCAACAAGAAACUUAUCCGACCACUACCAGAACCUAGAAAAGUUUUCGAAGAAGUAUUAAACGGAGAAUUACAAAACUAUCUCUUAAUACUAUCAAGAGAAAAUAAAAUAGUAAAAGAAUACCAAUUAAGAACGUGGAUAAAACUAUUCAUAUUACAAAGAACAAAUACUAAAGACUUAGAUACUUUAAUAACAGACCAAGACUUUGAAGAAUUCCAAGAGGAGUUAACAUUACUCUUAUGUGCACAAGACGACAUAGAAAAAGAAACACUAUAUAUUAUUGAUAUAUUAAACUCAAAUACUUACCGGGACUGGUACAAAAUAAAAGAAAAGUAUCAAAAUAGAAUUGAUUUUAUACCAAGACACUUGAGAAACAAAAUUAUUAAAUACAUAGAUAUUAUCAGUUUCACACCAAUAUAUUACGAGAUAUAUAACCCAAACGACCGAUUAAUAGAUCACACACCAUAUUAA